UUGUAUCAGAAAUUAAGUGCACAUUCCUUGGGACUGUCGGUGACGCCACUCGUGCAAACAGUUGGACAUUUGGAAUGGAUACUAAAAACCAGUGAAUUCGCUCAUCUACGCGAGAACACCACUUUUCCUAUGGUUGCAUGUAUUGGCAGUGAUGAGACUUUAGAUUUAAUCCUCGAUUCCAUCCAUCAGGUGAUGGCGUUACAUUCAAAGAUUCGAUUGUCGUCCAUUCAUAUAGGAGCUGAUGAAGUAUUUCAGAUGGGACAAUGCGAUGCAGAUCGUGAGGUGUUACCAGUUAAAUACGGUAAUAGUACGAAGCGGUUAGUGUUCGACUACAUCCGUACUAUCGCCACGAACAUCACCAGUACAUUCCCAAAAACAAAGGUCCUUAUGUGGUUCGAUGAGCUGAAAUACGUUGAACGAUCUCUGGUCAAGGAAUAUGGACUGGAUCGGUUGGUGACGCCAGUAGUAUGGAAAUACACAGCUGACUUGGAAAAGGACCUCCCAGCCAAGAUGUGGGAGGAGCUGGCGGCAUCGUUUUCGACGGUUUGGGGAGGAAGCGCAUUCAAAGGUGCUGAUGGACCGAAUCGGUACUGGAAUCGUAUGAAGAGUUACGUGCAAAACAAUAGGCAAUGGUACCUUCAAGCCGAACAGUAUGAUGAACUAUUUAGCGAUUUCCAUGGUUUUAUUCUUACUGGUUGGCAAAGGUAUGACCAUUUCGCCUCAUUGUGCGAGCUGAUGCCUGUCUCAAUCGCCUCCCUAGCCAUCAAUCUCAAAAUUGUGCGAAAUUAUGCAGUAACAGAUAGCGAUGGGGAACAAAUACUGCGUAUUCUUAAGUGUCCUUCAGAAACAACAAUCAGUCAGGUGAUCUUCGGUGAAGAUAAAUGUUACAAAGUUCGUGAUUCCAUCAGAGACUUUAUGAUGGUGAAACAGCAGUACGAAAACGCUUCAUGGGUCCAUAACAGGGAGGCUGCCUACCUUCAACGAUCUCAAAUUAGGUUGAACGCAAGCAACCCUUUUUAUGUAGACGCAAUUGGACGAUCUUAUCAGAAAUCUAUAACACGGUUGGAUAAAAUUAUGGAUCAGCUGAAAUCGUCUAUGAACGAUAUCUUCUUCAAAGAUGUGUACGUCGAAUUUACAACUGACUACAUUUUGCCGUUCUAUGAUGAGCUUAAACAAAGGUUCGUUCAAGCCAAGAUUCAGUAG